CAAAGUUGCCGCGGGGCCACGGGAGCGAGCGCUGUUGUGGAUUAACACCGGCCAGGAAAAGGAGCAGGACAGACGGGCACGAACCCGACAAGUAGGGACGCAGUUUCACACGGUGGUCGUUCGGUCGACGGGAAAGUUAACGGGGAUUUUUUUUAAUCUCACUCGGGCGCAUUUUGGAGUUUGUUUAAUUGUCCCCCCCACCCCCUCCUCUCCACGGAGUGUCUCGCGCCGGUAGAAGAAGCUCGGCUCAGGAAAACCAUGCUCAUAAACAUCUUCCUCUUGAGGUGAGCUGCCUAGUGGACAGUCGGAGGCAUCAUGGCGGAGCUGCCUAUUGCCCCGGGCGAGGUCUACAUCGAGGUGGAGUACGACUACGAAUACAAGGCCAAGGACCGCACCAUCACCAUCCACCAGGGAGAGUGCUACAUGCUGGUCAAGAAAUCCAAUGAUGACUGGUGGCAGGUGAGGAAGGAGGAAGGGACUAAGGCGUUCUACGUACCUGCUCAGUAUGUCCGCGAGGUGCGCAAAGCCCUCAUGCCCCCUCCCAAACCUUCUGCUGCCUCCGGCCACUCACCUCCGCAAAGUGGGGGCGCGCUCUGGGUAAAGCCAACCAGUCUGGACCUGGGACUCCAAGGCCGGUCCACGGAGAAUCUUCACAGACACGAGUCCAACUAUCGGCGGUCGCCCUCCGCACACACGGCGUCCUCAGGGCAUUUCAGCCCCCCCAGUCUGCGCAGGGACAGCAACCAUCAUCUCCCCCCCGGCAGUCCCAUCGACCACGACCGAGCGCUGGCGGAUAUCCUUGUCCAGGCCGGGGGCCCCCAACCUCCUCAAAAAGGAGGGUCCAGCACCCUCCCACGCACCCGAGCAAGAUCCCCGGAGCUGGAGCGAGCCCCGCUGGAUGUGGACAGCGCCCACCACUGUGACUCCGCGGGCGAAGAGAGGCGCACCAACGACUCGGAGUCGGGGGACGAACUGAGCAGCAGCUCCACUGAACAUCCCCAGACGGUGUCGUCGUCGGGCCACGGCCGCUCCGAGUCGCCCGUCUACACCAACCUCCAGGAACUGAAGAUCAGCCAGACCAGCCUGCCCCCUUUCCCCUCCGGCUCCUCCCUCCACGUGAUGGGCGACUGGGAGACCUUCAAGGACCAGAACGGCAGGCACUUCUACUACAACCGGUCCACCCAGGAGAGGACCUGGAAGCCCCCGCGAGCCAAGGACGCCAGCACCGGGAGCUCCAGAGGAGAGUUCCAAAGCGCAGGGGAGAGCUCCGAGACCACUCCUCUGUCGCUCUCGCCGUCUUUCUUCCCCUUCCUCUCGCUCUCCAUCGGUCGCCUCCAGCCUCUGUCGUCGGAGGACACCUGCUUCAGUGCCUACUCCAGCCAAUCGGACAGCCAGUAUGGCUCGCCACCGCGCGGUUGGUCGGAGGAGACGGACGCCCACGGCCACACGCUGUACGUCAGCGACCAUACUAACGAGAAGUGGUUAAAACACGUCGAUGAGCAGGGCAGACCGUAUUACUACAGUGCAGAUGGGUCGAGGUCAGAAUGGGAGCUGCCAAAGUACAACAACUCCCCCCCACAGCCGCCUGGAGACGCUCUAAAGAGCUACAGUCUGGACAGGAAACAGGUUGAGCCCAUCGUCCUCACCAAGUGGAGGCACAGCGCCUACGUCCAGGACGCCAACGACAAGCGGCUGUUAAAAACCCGGCGUUUCCGCGCAGGCUCGGCCCGCCAGCACCCGUACAAACACCAAGACGCUCCUCUGAGCCCCAAGCCCUCAUCUCCCGACUCUGACUCCUGCCCUCCGUCUCCCAAGCCCCCCGCCUCUCCGUCUGAAAAGUGUGGCCUUCUGAAUGUGACAAAGAUCACCGAGCACGGCAAGAAAGUACGGAAGAACUGGACGUCUUCCUGGACCGUGCUUCAAGGAUCCACGCUGCUAUUUGCCAAAGGCCAAGGAGGCGGGACCAGCUGGCCAUUCAACCUCAGUGGGUCCUUCCCUGAAUUUGUCCUCUCACUGUUGAGUAACUGGAGGCCGUCCACUAAGAAACGCCCCGCCGUCUCCUAUGGCUGCUCCAGGCUCGACAGAGCCUCCUCUUUUGGAGGCGGUCAGUCCAAACCAGAGUUCACUGUGGAUCUGAGGGGCAGCUCGGUGGAAUGGGCUUCCAAGGACAAAUCCAGCAAGAAGCAUGUUCUAGAGGUGAAGACUCGACAGGGCACGGAGCUGCUGAUCCAGUCAGACAACGACGGCUUGGUCAACGACUGGUACCGGACGCUGCUGGACACCAUCAGCACCCAUGCCUGGGAGUCUGACGAGGCGAUAGAGGAGGACCUGCCGGAGUCGCCUGGUGCGGAGAAACACGACAAGGAGAAAGAACACAGAGACUCAAAGAAAAGCCGAGCCAUGAAGACCUCCACCAGCAUGGACGCCUCCGACAACAAGAAGACCAGACACAAGCUGAAGAAGUUCCUGACCCGCCGUCCGACCCUGCAGGCCGUCCGGGACAAGGGAUACAUCAAAGAUCAGGUGUUCGGCUGCAGUCUGUCCAGUUUGUGCCACAGGGAGAGCGACACGGUGCCGAUCUUUGUCAAGAUGUGCAUCGACCACGUGGAGAACACCGCUCUGUGUGUCGAUGGGCUGUACAGAGUUAGCGGGAACCUGGCGAUCAUACAAAAACUUCGCUUCGUUGUCAACCACGAUGAGACGGUGAACUUGGCGGACGAGAAAUGGGAGGACAUCCACGUGACCACCGGCGCUUUAAAGAUGUACUUCAGGGAGCUGCCGGAGCCUCUCUUCACCUACGCCCUCUUCCAUGACUUUGUCAGCGGCAUCAAGAUUCCAGACUACAAGCAGCGAGUUCAGUCCAUCAAGGAUCUGAUCCGACAGCUGCCCAAACCCAACCACGACACCAUGCAGGCUCUCUUCAAACACCUCAGGAGGGUGAUCGAACACGGCGAGGAAAACCGCAUGACCACCCAGAGCGUGGCCAUCGUGUUCGGCCCCACGCUGCUGCGGCCGGAAACGGAGACCUGGAACAUCGCGGUCCACAUGGUGUACCAGAACCAGAUAGUGGAGCUAAUACUGCUGGAGUACGAGAACAUUUUCGGCAGGUAGAAAGAGACGCCAGGGGAUGAGCCUCUUUUUUCUUUUCCUUUUUUCUCUCUCUCUCUGGUCCGGUUUGGCUCGACUUGGCUCGGUCCAGCACGCGUGUCCCCGGUGCAGCACCUCUUCAUCUCAAACCUCUCUGCGGUUGCGGACCUCUCCAAAUCAUACAAACUCCGGACCAAAACCACGGCCAAUACGCCACGGAAAAACCCAAAACAAAGCUGUAACUAAACUAGCGACCAAAAAAAAAAAGUUUAAGACUCUUUGCACUUUUCAGUGUCUCGUUUUUUUUCUCUCCUGCAGCUACAUUUGUGCCACUUUACUGCAAAAGGUGACGACCUCCUGUCGCGACACUGGAUUCCUAGAAGUAGUACACGGCACGCGGGGCAUAAACACGCCUCUACUGCUGCACUGAGACCAAAGCAGAAGGACUCUGACUCCAGAGGAGGCUUCACUGGACGUAUGGGCGCUUGUUAAUGAACCACAAGAGGAAACUAAGCUGCUGCUUGGCUUUUAGACGUUUAGACACUAAGAGAAGAAACGGAACAAGGAUAAGAAGGGAUGAUAUGGAGGUUUUAGGAUUAAUAUGAACAUUUUCCGCCAUUGCUGGACUUCUCUCUCUUUCACAAUGUAUUUUAUUUAAAGUAUUUGGUUUCCUUCUGCGCUCUGAAUUUCCCCGUCCUUCCUUUUUUUUUUUUUUUUCAAUCCUGACACACUGGACCGGGGUCCUCUGAACACGAGAGGUUAUCGCUCUGUAAUAUAUAUAUCUACGCGCCACCUUUUCUCCAUUUGGCUUUUCAGAACAAAUUAUCGUCUAGCAGUAAAAAAACAUUUAAAAAUGGUACUCGGCAGUGUCUUUCCUCGACUCUGGCAUAUUAAACGUUAACGGCCUUUGAACACGACCCCGUUGAUAAAGCUGUACAGUGUUUUACGUGUGUGCAUGUGGAUGAGGGUGGGCUAGAUGGAUGAAUGGACUCAAUGACAGUAUAUUGUACAAAUAGUAAAUAUAAGUAUGUAUGCCUGGAGCGCUGAGAAUAUGACACAAGGGAGAAAUCACUACUUUGUGAUCGUUGUGCGACCAACAGAUGUCAGGGAUGACGUGGUGGACCGGGGAGGUGGAGGUUUACCUGCGUGUCAGGUAGACGGAAGUUGUUGAAUGUAAACCUUGAGAGUAACUGUUGGCUUUAACAAAACUGGAAUAAAGAGCUCUAAUAAGAGAUAUUUCCAAAGGAAA